UAUUUUCAAAGAAAAAUGUCAAUUAGAGCUUUAUUAUUUGCACUUUUACUCAUCACCUACCUAUCCAAGGCAGAGGAAAUACAGAAUCUUCAAAAAGCCACCAAAAACCCUCCCCCAAACCCCACCUCCAAAACCACCCCUAUCCCCUUCCCAUCCCUCCCAGACCCCAUCUCCCUCUCUUCAGGGCUCAACUUCACCCUCCAAGCCCCCUCUCUUCCCACCACCCUUCAGCCCACUUCAAAACCGCAGUGCUUCAACUUCACUCUCACCUCUCCCCAAAUAUCUUGAACCUGAGCCUGCUCACCAGCAAGUCCACACUCCUCUGCACACAAAGGUGAAGAAGAGGAUGGACUUGGACAGAUAGAAGAAAGAUUGGAAGCAGAGUUUGAGAGGUAUGGGUAUAGUGUAGUGGUUGAGUGAGGUAAGGACGAGCAGGAGGGUGGAAGGAGGAGUCUUAAGAGCCCUACUGGAGGAGAGAAGUCAGGGAAUGGUAUGAUGAAGAGUUUGAAGAUCUUCUUGAUUGGGGUUGUAGUGGUUGCUGUCUUAUUUUUGAUCCUUGUUCUUUAUUAUGUGGUUAUUAAGGUGAUCAAUAAGAAGAAAAAGUGAUAUGGAGCUAAGUGGUACAAGAAGUAUUUAAGAAAAUACACCACUGAAAUUCAGAGAGAAGAUAGAGAAUCUAGAUAUGACCAAACAGAAUGAGUUAUAUGUCUUGAUUCAUUUGUAGCUGAUCGUAAAAUUUGAAUGAUUAAUGCCUGUGGCCAUAUUUUCCAUUCUGAAUGCUUGGAAGAAUAUUUCAAGAUCAAACAGAGACUAGGAGAUUUUAUAUGUCCUCUUUGAAAAACCAGCAUCAGGGUUCAGAUUGUGACUAAGGAAGAUGAUUCUGUAAACACUAAUUAAAAAUGACGUUUGUAAUAUUCAUAUUUGACCAAUCUG